UCAGCGUGACAGCAAGCGCAAAAACAAUCGAAGUGUUGAGUGAAAUACGACUUUCAGUCCACCUCAAGUCAGGAGUGCGAGCUGUAUGGUCGUUGAUAGACUUAUUUUCUAAUCAUGAAACUGUUUAACUACUUACUGAAAGAUGUCACGCACAAAAUCGAAUAUUAUUCAAGGUUCUCGCCCUCACCGAUGUCAAUCAAGCAAUUUCUGGAUUUUGGCAGGGAAAAUGCAUGUGAAAAAACCUCCUACAUGUUUCUGAGGAAAGAACUGGCAGUGAGGUUGGCCAAUACGAUGAGGGAAGUCACCUUGUUACCCGCCAAUCUUCAGAGCCAGCCAUCCGUCAAACUGGUCGAGUCCUGGUACAGCCAGAGCUUUGAAGAGCUGUUAGAGUACAAGACAAGAAGUCCAGAGGAUCCCCGCACCCUUUAUGACUUCCUAGAGAUCCUGAUUAAGAUUCAGAACAGGCACAAUGACGUGGUGCCCACUAUGGCCCAGGGUGUCAUCGAAUACAAAGAGAAGUUUGGUUUUGACCCCUUCAUCAGCAGCAAUGUGCAGUACUUUCUUGACCGCUUCUACACCAACCGCAUUUCUUUCCGCAUGCUCAUCAACCAGCACACUCUUCUGUUUGGUGACACCGCUUGUCUUGCGCAACCAAAACACAUCGGAAGCAUCGACCCAGCAUGCAACGUUGCUGAGGUGGUGAGAGAUGCAUAUGAGACCGCAAAGAUGCUCUGUGAGCAGUACUACAUGACAGCUCCUGAACUGAAGAUCGGGGAACUCAACUCCAAAGCUCCAAAGAAGCCUAUACAGGUGGUCUAUGUGCCCUCUCAUCUUUUCCACAUGCUGUUUGAGCUCUUCAAGAAUUCCAUGCGGGCAACAGUGGAGCUCUAUGAAAACAGCAGUGAGGGGCUUCCUCCAGUGAAAGCAAUGGUUACUCUGGGAAAAGAGGAUCUCUCAAUAAAGAUUAGUGACAAAGGUGGCGGUGUCCCCUUACGAAAGAUCGAUCGUCUCUUCAAUUACAUGUAUUCCACUGCUCCAUCACCACGUCUGGAUCCUUCACAAACUGCUGUCCCACAAACUGCUGUCCCACUGGCUGGUUUUGGCUACGGACUGCCAAUCACUAGACUCUAUGCACGCUACUUUCAGGGAGACUUGAGCCUGUACUCGAUUGAAGGGUUUGGGACAGAUGCAGUAAUUCAUCUUAAGGUAUUUGCAUUGCCGUUUUUAUCUGUGAGACACUUAGAUGAGAGUGAGUAAUGAGGCUGA